AUGGACAUGGACUCAGAGAGGAUUACCUCUGAACCACCAAACAUCACGAACUGUACCGAAUCCCCUGCAGACACCCUACAAGUGGUACGGUUCACAGACGGGAUGGCAGUGGUGGUCUUUAUUCUCUGCCUCCUCACCCUCCUCACUGCUCUCAUCAACGGUGCCGUCAUCCUCGCCAUCUGCACCACCAAGAAGCUCCACCUGCCUGCCAACUACCUCAUCUGCUCCCUCGCUAUCACUGACUUCCUGGUGGCGCUGCUGGUGAUGCCCAUCAGCAUCCUGUACAUCACCAUGGAGACAUGGUCGCUGGGCCAGGUGGUGUGUGAGAUGUGGCUGAGCAUCGACAUGACGUGCUGCACGUGCUCCAUCCUGCACCUCUGCGUCAUCGCCUUGGACCGAUACUGGGCCAUCACUAAAGCCAUCGAGUAUGCCCGUAAAAGGUCAGCGCGCCGCAUCGGCAUCAUGGUGGGAAUUGUCUGGAUUAUCUCCAUCUUUAUUUCCAUCCCUCCAUUAUUCUGGAGGCAGAGGUCGAGCACAGACGGCCUCCAGCAGUGCAUCAUCGAGCACGACCAUCUGGGAUACACCAUCUACUCCACCUUAGGGGCGUUUUACAUCCCCAUGAUCGUCAUUCUCAUCCUCUACUACAGGAUUUACAAUGCUGCCAAGACUCUGUACCAGAAACGUGGCUCCUCUCGGCACUUGAGCAGCCGCAGCAUGGGCAGCCAGAACUCUAUGGACCACUGCAGGGUCUCACAUACUUUCUGCGUGUCAGAUCUGUCCAACUCAGACCCCACCCUGGCUUCUGAGAAACUCAACACCUCCAUCCGUGUCCCGUCUUUUGAGACGGACGUGGACGGGCAGGAUGAGAAGAAUCAGAUCUGCACCACACGAGAGAGAAAAGCAGCUCGGAUCCUGGGCCUGAUUCUGGGAGCGUUCAUCGUCUGCUGGCUGCCGUUCUUCUUAAAGGAGCUGCUGGUGGGUCUGCAGGUGUUACAGCCGUCUCAGCACCUCUCAGAUCUCCUCACGUGGCUUGGUUACAUCAACUCUCUCAUUAACCCCCUGCUGUACACCAGCUUCAACGAUGACUUCAAGCUGGCCUUUAAGAAACUGCUCAGGAGGAAAGAGCAUGCGUAG